AUGGCUGUACUACCACUCACUGUCACACCUUUGCCAUGUCCAUCUGGGUCGGACAUUGAUUUCGGGGCUGAGAUUCGAGGCGUUGACUUAGAAAACUUGAAUGAUGAGCAAUUCCAAAUGAUUCGAAAGGCUCUCUAUGAGCAUCAUGUAGUGGUGUUCAAGGACCAGAAAGGACUCUCGCCCAAGGCCCAGUAUGAAUUGACGAAGCGCUUUGACCCAGCCUCCGAGAACUAUGGGCACGGUAAGACCAUCGAUACAAAGAGAAGCAUUUUGCAUCCGGAUCUCAAGACCGUGCCUCAUCGGCCGCAGGUCCAAGUGAUUGGUAAUGGACAAGUUCAGUCAUAUGAAGGCUUGAAGGACAUCCAGUUGCGCCACCCUCACCAUCGAACAUUUCACCAUGAUCAUAUCCCCGAUGACAAGGAUUAUGACUUCACUCGCUUCUAUCGCUGGCAUAUUGAUGCCGCUCUGUAUGACCUAUACCCGCCUCAAGUGACGACACUCUUAGCUGUCAAGGUACCAAAGGGUCGCCGUCAAACACUUCUGUAUGACGAUGGAACUGGAGAAACCUUAGACGUGCCCCUGGGCACAACCGCAUUCGUGAGCGGCGAGCGGAUGUACGAGCUUCUCUCCCCCGAAGACAAAGAAUUCGUCCGAACGAGCAAGAUCGAAUAUGCACCUCACCCAUACAUCUGGAUGAGUGCGGCUCGCUCUCGUUCCACAGGACUAGGUCUGCACUCAGAAGGACUCGAGCUGCCAGACUCGGAUUUGCCACCUAUUGACCCCAGCAAGAUCAUGGUGUUCCCCAUGACUUGGAAGAAUCCUGUGACGGGCAAGUUGGCUCUGCAGAUUCAUCCGUCUGCCAUUCUUCGGAUUCACUGUGCGGAUGGAACGACGAUCGAUGACUUGGCCCGGGUCCGUGAUAUUGUUUAUAAUUUACAGCGGCCGGCUAUCAGUCCGCAAUAUGUGUACCCUCACGACUGGGUGGAGGAUGAUCUGGUUUUGUUCAACAAUCGUGGUGUGCUGCACUCGGUCGUAGGUGCAUUCAAGCCAGACGAGGUACGAUUGUUCCGUCAGUGCAAUUUGGCGGCUUCUGAGCCUCCAGUCGGCCCUUGA